AUGACAGUAAAGCAAACAGGUGCAACAUCAGAAAUGGCACCAACUGAUGGCCCCGCUAGUUAUGAUGGUUCCGUUGUUUCUGUUGAGUCUACUGGAAUAUCGGAACCCAUUGAAUCCAUUGGACACAAUGGAUUGCCUUCUCUCCCUAGUUCAAGCAGUGCGCACUUUUCGGCAGGCAAAAGGUUCCGCGAACAUCCGAAGGGAUUAUCAGAGCCCAUUGGAACCAGUGGUACCAGUGGUACCAGUGGUGAUGAUUUACAUUCCAAGUCUUCUAAGCUACUCUCAGAUAGUAUGGACGAUGAUGACCCGGACCUUAGUACACAUAUUUCAUUUACAAAAACUCGCAAGGUGGUCAUUCAGGUGCGAAAAUUGACAAUUGGUGCUAAGGUGUACUCGGAAGGAGUUUCCUGGUCCAACAAUGCUAUUACUCGAACAUUCAGACGCAGGCCUAAGGCUGUUGAUAUUGAAUCCAAUGCUUCCAUUAAGACUAUUUUACAUCCGAUGUCCUUUGAUAUCCCCAGCAAUUCUCUUACAUGUAUUAUUGGAGGUUCCGGUUCUGGAAAAACUACCUUGUUGAACUGUUUGGCCGAUCGUCAAUUCAGUAAGUCCACUCUUUUCAAAGUGGGCGAAGUCCAUUACAAUAAUGAUGAUAAUCUUACAAAGAUAAGACAUGCGUACGUUAUUCAACAGGAUAUUUUUAUCCCCACUUUGACUUGUUUCGAGACUUUGAUGUAUGCUGCCGAGUUGAAACUUCCCAAACUUACUUCCAAAAAAGAGAGAGCUCGAUUGGUUCAGGAGAUUAUCUUGGAGUUGGGCUUAAAAGAAUGCGCCAAUACUAUAGUAGGAGAUCAUCGUCGCAAAGGUAUGAGUGGAGGAGAAAGACGUAGAUUAAGCGUGGCACUUCAAUUGGUUUCCAAUCCCUCUCUACUUUUCUUAGAUGAACCCACCACAGGAUUGGAUUCUUAUAAUGCCUAUUUGCUCUGCCUCACAUUACAAAGGCUCGCUAAACGUAUGAACAAGACUAUCAUCAUGAGCAUCCAUCAACCAAGGGCGGAUAUUUUUAAGCUUUUCGAUAAAGUUCUUAUCUUGUCUCAAGGCCAUCUGUGCUAUGGUGAUAGUUUUGAUAAGAUAUUCAGUCAUUUUGCUUCCAUUGGUUACCCUAUCCCAGAACUUAAGGUCAACCCAGCAGACUUUUUAAUUGAUUUGGUUACCGUUGACACUAGAACUUUUGAAAAAGAACAGGAAUCUUCUAUGAGGAUGAACACCGUAUCCGAAAAAUGGGAAGAGCGCAUGUCCCAAAUUGAUCCUAUAGAACCAAUAGCGGAGGCUUCACUUCAGAAAACCAACGAAAUCUUUGAGGAGAUUGGUAGAGCACCUUUUUGGCGUGAAGUCGGCAUCCAUUUCCGUCGAAAUUUGAAAUUGCAAAUGAGAGAUCCUUUAGGUACCAUAUCUGUCGUUAUGGAGGCUUUACUUCUUGGUUUGAUUACCGGAUGGAUUUUCUACAAACCUGGAACAACUUCUGCCGGUAUUAGAUCUUUGGAGUCAUCCUUAUACAUGAGCUCUACCUUGAUUUGCUACCUUUAUUCAUUAUAUGAAGCCUACAGGUUGUGCCAGAUCGAUCUUAAAGUCUUUGAUAGAGAGAGAUUAGAAGGCUCCAUCUCCGUUCGAGGAUUCCUCAUUGGACGUCGACUUUCUAAGCUUAUCACUGAGGAUUUAGCAAUUCCUUUCUUUUUCUCAAUAACUGCCUAUUUCAUGAUCGGGUUAAGGGUAGACUCCCCAAAAUAUUUCUGGAAGUACUUUGCUGGUAUGUUACUCUUUCACAUAAAUACUAUGGCUAUUGGUAUGAUUUCUUCUUCUCUAAGUCGUGAUGUUUCUAUUGCUACGUUGAUCUGCAAUCUUAACUUCACUUUCCAGACCAUGACAAACGGUAUGUUUGUUAAUGCAAAGCAGCUACCUGUUUACGUCCGUUGGUGUAAAUAUGUUGCUUACCAGUGGUAUGCGUUUGGUUAUUUAAUCAGUAACCAGUUCACCGGCUUCCAGGGCGAAUGUGCUGAGAACGCAAGUGCAUGCUACAUCUCAUCUGGCAACUAUAUCAUCAAACAGCUUGGAUUUUGGCCGAACUGGAAUGCCUUGCCAAUUUGUGUGGUGCUAGCAUUUCUUCUUGGAACAUACACACUUGCCGGUGUUAUUCUUUGGUUGAGGCCAGUGGAUGUUUCCAUGGGCAAAGAGGUCAAAUCUUACAGCAAGAUUAAUAAUAGGGUUGAAUAUACAAAUGCUGAUAUUACUCUGCGCAAGGGAUCGAAGGAGAUUGAUAAUGGCGUGAGUGUUCGCAUUCGAGACAUUGAGCUCACAGUUAAGUCUAAGGUGCGUAAAGACGAAAAGGUCAUUCUCCGUAAAGUCAAUGCUGAUUUCCAAGCUCGAAAAUUGAAUAUCAUUAUGGGCCCUUCCGGAUCUGGAAAGACUUCUUUACUCAACCUUAUCUCUGGUCGGUUGUCCUCAAAUCUAGCUACUUCCUACUCCAACUCGGGCAAAAUCUAUUUCAAUCAGUUUGCAAUCGAAGACUUUUCAAUAGUGAAACCUCUUUGCUCUUACGUCACGCAAGAGGAUGAUCACUUAUUGUCAUCAUUAACUGUUGAAGAAACAUUAGGCUAUGCGGCAACUUUACGCCUUUCUAAAGCACACCUCUCGAAAGAGCAGCGUAGAGAAAUAGUCGAUAGCAUCAUUCUUCAGAUGGGAUUGCGUGAUUGCGCCAGCACUCUUGUUGGUAACGAUUUGAUCAAGGGAAUCUCCGGUGGAGAAAAGAGACGGUUAUCUAUAGCCAUACAGCUUCUCUCAUCUCCGAAGAUCCUAUUCCUAGAUGAGCCUACCUCCGGCUUGGAUGCGUUCACUGCGUCUUCCAUCAUCGAAUGUCUUCAGAACUUGGCUGAUCAUGGGACAACGGUUGUACUGACCAUCCACCAACCACGUAGUCUUGACCAGUUUGGAACCAUCUUGCUUUUAGCGAAAGGCGGUAAAGUGGCCUUUGAUGGAACCCAAGAACAGCUUAUUCGGCAUUUUUCUGCGAUAGGAUACACUGUUCCAAUGUUCACUAAUUUGGGAGAUUUUGUCAUUGAUUUGAUCUCCUAUAACACAGUAAGCGACAAGGUCGAACGCAGAACUCGAGCCAGGGUGGAACAUAUUCUUUCUCGCUGGGAUAACGAUGCUUUAGCACUAAGAGACUCUCAAGAAGUUAUUUAUGUGCAAGCUAAAGACACUCUUAGGAGCGAAUUCACUUCUUAUGUGAAAGAGCCUGCCAACUUUGCCGUAGGAUUUACAGUGCUUGCCAAACGUCAAUGGAUUGGCAUGCUGAGAGAUAAAAACAUUAUCAUCGCUAGAGCGUCGCAAGUUACUGGUAUGGCUGUCAUAUUGGCACUUUUCUUUGCAAGACUAAAGCACGACCAAGCCAGUGUUCAGAACAGAUUUGGUCUUAUUCAGCAAAUGGUGGCUCUAUACUUUGUUGGCACUCUCAAUAACAUAUCUGGAUAUCCUAAGGAGAGAGACUAUUUCUACGAUGAGUUCAAUGAUGAUGUCGUUGGAAUUCCCUCGUUUUUUUUCAGCUACUUACUUAUUGAACUUCCAUUUGAGAUACUUCCCUGUCUUGUGUUUUCCGUUAUUAUGGUGUUUGUCAUUGGAUUCCAAUACAACGCCGCCUUAUUCUUUGGUAUAUUUUAUACCACUACAUUGGUUGUCAACGCCGGCGAGUCUUUAGGUAUCUCUUUUAACACCGCUCUUGAUCAUCCGGGAUUCUCGUUAACUGUGAUUUCCAUAUUUUGCUCGAUUGCCGUGUGUAUGUCCGGUUUAAUGGCUAUGACUUUGGACUCGUUCCUAAAGGCAAUGAACUAUCUAUCUCCUCCUCACUAUUGCGUGAUGCUCAUUGCGAACCUAACGUUCACUCCUGGCUUGAGUUUGUACUGUAAGCCAAACGAAAAGUCCGAUGACGGAUCCUGCCAAUUUACAAGCGGUGAAGAUGUUGUGAACUCUUACCAUCUUCAUACUAAUAUGACCCUAUACUGGAUUCUAAUUACUGUCGUCUGUAUCAUCCACAGAGCCAUUUCCUUCGUCUUUCUCAAGAUCAAACUCACCAAGAUUAGAAUCAAGAAGCGCAAACAAACGUAA